AUGCGUCCCCUAUCGUCUUAUUUACCUCCCCAAGUCCCUCAGCUGCCGAAUGGCUCUGCCAAUUCCGUUAGUAGAGGCCCGUCAUAUCGCAUUCGUACCGAGUCUUCAGCUUCCUCUACCUCGGAAUUUCCCACGAGAAGUGAUUCGCGAGGUGGCUCAGCCGCUCUGCAGGCCGGUGUCCCCAUUCGAGACAAUAGCCACACCGAUAGGUCAUAUAGACAAUCCCCGUACUAUGGGGAAAAUGCUGCACUGCCACCGCGGCGGAGCUCUCGAGCAGUGCGCAACAACGGCCCUCAUCGUUCCGGCUCCCAAUACAACCCCGACAACGGUUCUGGUCAGAGCUCUGGGGACUGGCAAGAGCGUGGUGCUGCCGUUGCUGUUCGCCAGGAAAUCGAUGCUAAUGGAAAGCCUGUGUCAAAAACUGUCAGGAAGGGUGUUAGGGAUUUCCAAUUUGGUCGAACUCUCGGUGAAGGCUCUUAUAGCACGGUUGUGGCUGGGACCGAUCGGCAGACUUUGAAGGAAUAUGCCAUCAAGAUUCUCGAUAAGCGCCAUAUCAUCAAGGAAAAGAAAGUCAAGUACGUUAAUAUUGAAAAGGACACUUUGAAUCGACUGACCGAGCAUCCCGGUGUCGUUCGACUAUACUACACCUUCCAAGAUGAGAAUUCUCUCUACUUUGUCCUUGAUAUCGCGCUGGGUGGCGAGCUCUUGAAUUUCCUGAAGCGAAUCGGGACCUUUGAUGAAGAAUGUACUAGGUUCUACGGUGCGGAGAUUCUAGAUGCGAUUGAUUACAUGCACCGACGAGGGAUCAUCCAUCGUGAUUUGAAACCGGAGAAUGUCUUGUUGGAUAGCCAGAUGCAUGUAAAGAUCACGGACUUUGGCACUGCUAAGAUACUAGAUUCACCACGACGAGCCGAAGACGGUUCCAAUGGGAUUUUGGAUUCCGGUACGCCUGGCCGUGACAGGGCUAGUUCGUUCGUUGGCACUGCGGAAUACGUUAGUCCGGAACUUCUCACUGAGAAGAAUGCAUGCAAGGCUAGCGAUCUAUGGGCAUUUGGCUGUAUCAUUUAUCAGUUACUGGCGGGGAGACCACCGUUCAAAGCCGCGAACGAAUAUUUGACGUUUCAGAAGAUUGUCAACCUCGACUAUGAAUUCCCAGAAGGAUUCCCACCGGUAGCCCGGGAUUUGGUGGAAAGAUUGCUCGUCGCUGAUCCUACUAGGAGGCUUCCAAUCGAGCAUAUUAAAAACCAUGAAUUCUUCAAGGGCGUUACCUGGGGUCGAGGUCUUUGGAAACAAAAGCCACCCCGUCUAAAGGCCUAUGCGCCACCACCUCCGGAACCGAUUAAGCUCAAUGGCGGCACUGGCGAAGACAGUUUCCCCCCCAAUAUCAACUCAAAACCCGGUCCCACCCCGUCACAAAAUAGCCGGCCCUACCCACGAGUGAUUACCGAACUGGCUCCCCCGUCUCAGCUGGAUAUCGAAUGGUCUCCGGUUCUGACACGGCCGAACGAGCGUAUCCUGAAAAUGGGCAACAUGAUUGUCUCGUCGUCAUCGAUACCGCAUCGAUCACAGAAUAAGCAUGGAAAUGGAGAGCACGAAGGUCCCAAGAAGCUCUCUCGCUUUUUCAGCGGUGCCACGACUAAAAAGCGCCAGCGUCUCGUCAUAGUCACCACCGCAGGUCGCGUUAUCAUCGUACCAGCGGGAGGAGAAGAGAAGAGGCUGAAAUUCGAGGUGUCUCUUUUACAACCCGAGACUCAUUAUCGAAGCACUACGGAUUUAAAGGGCCACUCGUCUUGGAUCAUCGAUACGCGAGACAAGCGCCUUGUGUUUGAAGAGACCAAGUCUUCUGCCACUGAAGGUAACACAUCUGCUCUUUCCACGCAGGAAUGGGUAGAAACCCUGGACCGAUCGAAAGAGAUGGGGGCUUUAAACCCCGCGACCGGGUCCUAUCUGGGCGACGAGGGCUUCCGAGACCUGUCCUCUGGAGUUUCGAGCCAUGCCAACACUUUGGACCGGUCCGAGGAGAUUUCAGGAGGAAGACUCGUGAAGAACCAAAACCCAGGGGAUUCGGACUCGGUCAAGGCGAAAAAGCGAUUCAGCCGUCGACAUUCAAAGAACGGGCUUUCAGCAGUUUUCUAG